CGAUUACAUGAUGAGAAACCACGAUCUAUCUCGGUGGUGGUAUUCCCCAACUAUCCCUACCCUCCCAAAACCCAAUACCAAAGCGAAGCACAGAGCUCCUCCGAAUUCCGAUUCCGAGGCCAGACAGGGAGAAGGUCAUCUGCAUCAGAAACUCAAAGGAUCUUCUUUAACUAUUUUUCUGGCUUCCACCACUGAAGUGCAAAGGUCUUUCAUAAUCAAAGCUCCAGGGUUUGUUGGCGGGAAAUGCAAGAUCCAAGAAUGCCAGAGUCUGAGGAAAGUUUAAACCCAAAGUUACGGAAAAAGAAAAUCUCAACCCAAAAGGCUUCUUUGUUUCUUUUGCAAGGGAAUAAUGUCAAAGAGGUUCAUGGGGUACAGGGGCCUUUGUUACUGAAUGCUGGGCAGAAGACCUCCAAGAGAAACUUGAAGAAUGAAACUUCUCCAUCAUCCCAGCAACCGGAGAGAUCAAACUCUGAUUCAUUGCCUGAUUCUUCUAAAUCUGGAAGUGAGUACCGAGCAUUGAGGCGGAAGUAUUUGCUGCUGGAGGAAGAGAGCUUUGCGUUGGGGGGAGAGCUGAGAGAGAUUGAAGAUGAGGUAAAAACCCUUGAAGAAGAGAAGCUUGCGCUGUUGGACCAGCUUGUUGUGUUGGAAGGCUUGCUUGAUCCUUCAGAGUUGCGGUCCUAAUUUCUUUUCGUUAUUGGUGAAGUUUGUCUGUUUGUGAUUAUGGCGUUUCUCUAUUGUUAUGAUACAGUUUUUCAAAGAAAAAAAAUGUAGGUCAUGUUUGACCCCUUCUGUAAUUAGUUCCAUGGUCAGCUCUCUUACUCUCUGAAUACUUGAAUGCUUUCAAUGCAUUUGAAUGCGAAAGAUGGAGAGUGCAAUCAGGACAUUGGAUUUUUAAA